UCCUUUGCCACUCGGUACACGACAGUCGUCCGGUGGUUCUUGGGCAAGUUGUGCCGCGCGCAUCCGUCCGGUCUGUACGCUAUGCCUGCCACGGGAUUCGCGAGUCAAGACCCUGUGGCCGAGAAAACCGAACACGGCGAUGUAUUCGCAAAUUAUGGAACGACUGAAAUUUUGUAUACAGGUGGAUGUGCAGUUAUGAUACUAGGAAUUUUGAUUUUCGCAUGCCAUAUUUGUGCUAAGAAAAAACUGUUAUGGUUUAAAAACAAAAGUAAACUACCAACUGCAGCUUCGGAACCACAUUUGGCUUUUUAUCAUCGAAAACCAACCACAGCCGUGAAGGCUGUUAAAAAUCCUGCUGGAUCACAUUAUUUGAAAAAAAGUCCAAGUCCUACAGGCAGCAAAACACCUGUUGGUGAUGGAAGUAUAAGCCCCACUGGAUCAGAAAAAACGUCUAGACAUUCACCAACUAUAAGUCCGACCUGUGAACAAAAAACUGUGCAGCCACCCAUACAUACGUUGUCAGUUGUACAUGAGAAUGAAAUAGAUAAUAAGUUAUUAUCGAAAAGUAAUCAGCAACAAACUGAAAUUGGCCCAAAUGAUACACCUGGUAAAAUGGGAGUACUUUUUUUCAAACUUCGGUAUAAAAAAGACAAAAAAGUUCUCCUGGUUAAUAUAAACAAAUGCAUGGACUUAACACCUAAAGAGAAAAAUUCUGGCACUAGUGAUCCUUACGUAAAAUUACAAUUGUUGCCUGAUAAGGAACAUAAAGUUAAGACACGAGUAUUGAGGAAAACAAGGAAUCCGGUAUAUGACGAAGACUUUACAUUCUUUGGAAUUCAAACGAAUAAACUUCAAUCUAUGACAUUGCAUUUUGCCAUAUUGAGUUUUGAUCGUUACUCUAGAGACAGCCUGAUCGGUGAAGUUUUCUAUACCUUGAAUGAAAAAGAUGUAUUGGAAUCAAUCGAAAAAGAACAAAUUUCUAUUCAAAAGGAUAUCGUACUUCGUAGUGUUAAACAAUCACAAAUUGCCAAUCGUGGAGAAUUGUUGGUAUCUUUGUGUUGGCAACCAGCAACUAGAAGAGUAACAGUAGUUGUAUUGAAGGCUAGAAAUUUGCCUAAGAUGGACUUGACUGGAUUGGCUGAUCCAUUUGUGAAGAUAAAUUUCUUAGUUGACGGAACACGCAUAUCAAAGAAACGGACUCACAUGAAGAAACGUACAUUGAACCCGGUUUAUAACGAAUCAUUUGUGUUUGAUUUGCCUUCGACUGUUGUUGAUUUACAUAAUGUGUGUAUUGAGUUUUGUGUUUUCGAUCACGAUAGAGUCACUAAAAACGAAAUAAUCGGGCGAGUUUUAAUGGGGCAUCCGGACAAUCCAUCUGUUACCGCCGAACGUCACUGGAAAGAAGUAAUGAAUGCGCCACGGAGACAAAUAGCUGAUUGGCACAAAUUAGUUGUCUGAACCAUCAAGUAACCAAGAAAGAGGAUACCGCAACAAGAAUAAUGUUAUCUAUACUCUUCCUAUAACUUUUGAUUUAUAUUUUGUACCAAAGUUUACCUCUAUAUAUAAACGAUCUAUUAUAUUCACUUUCAAAAUAUACUCUGUACAUUGUCCAAACGUAUAAUUGACAAUAUUACCCAUUAUAUAUUUUCAUAUCCAUUUUAGACGUUAUGCUAAUCUAAACAUGCAUAGGACAUUUUAUUGGUAAACAUGAAUCGAUAUAAAAUGUGAAGUAUAUUGUUUAGUUUUAUUUUAUCAUUGCUAACCUUUGUACCAAAAUCCUUGACAAAUACAAACAGGGUGUGUUAAAAGAAAAAAAACGAACAAAUAAGAUGAGAUGAAUCAGAAUUAGGUUGUUGAAAAUAGCGAGAUAAAUGUGGAGUCGACAUAUGUCUAACUUAAUUUUAUUAUUUUUUUUUAUCAACCAAUUUAAUAUUGCAUGUUUUAAAAUCUAUCUUGUUUAAUAUUUGUUUUUAAUAUAAAACAGCUUGUGCUUUAGUUUAUAACAUUUAGUGUUAUUGUUAAGAAUAUUGGUAUAAUGUAACGUAGGUAAGCUAAAUUGUCAUGCAAACAAUAUAAUUAUAACGUGCUAUUACACUCUAAAAAAAAAAAAAAAAAACACAAAUAAUAUACC